AUGAAGCGGCGCAAUGCGGACUGCAGCAAACUAAGACGGCCCUUAAAACGGAACCGAAUCACCGAGGGGAUAUACGGCAGUACCUUCCUGUACCUGAAGUUCCUGGUUGUGUGGGCUCUGGUGCUGCUGGCAGACUUUGUGCUUGAGUUCAGGUUUGAGUACCUCUGGCCCUUCUGGCUCUUCAUGCGGAGUGUGUACGACUCCUUCCGAUACCAGGGACUGGCGUUUUCAGUAUUCUUUGUUUGCGUGGCGUUUACCUCCGACAUCAUUUGCCUCCUCUUCAUCCCGGUCCAAUGGCUGUUCUUUGCUGCCAGUACCUAUGUGUGGGUGCAGUAUGUUUGGCACACCGAGAGGGGUGUGUGUCUCCCCACUGUGUCUCUAUGGAUACUGUUUGUGUACAUAGAGGCAGCCAUCAGAUUCAAAGACCUGAAAAACUUCCACUUGGACCUGUGUCGUCCCUUUGCUGCACACUGCAUCGGCUAUCCCGUAGUAACGCUGGGCUUUGGCUUCAAGAGCUACGUUAGCUAUAAAAUGCGUCUGCGGAAGCAGAAAGAAGUGCAGAAAGAGAACGAGUUUUAUAUGCAGCUGCUACAGCAGGCUCUACCUCCAGAGCAGCAGAUGCUUCAAAGGCAAGAGCGAGAAGCAGAAGAAGCAGCACCGGCUAAAGGAGUAUCUGAAGGGGACACGCCUCCAGUGUCGCAGAAUGGCGCCCCGGCCAAUAAAAAGGCGUCUGUUCCCUUACCGGAGCUGGAGUAUAGAGAAAAAGGGAAAGACGGAAGAAGUGGCGGCGAUAGUAAAAAGCAACAAAACAGCAUCCUGCCGUCAUCGCUGGACUCUAAGCUCCAGGAGAUGGAGUACAUGGAAAAACAUAUAAACAACAAGAGACUGGCCACAGAGCUGGGCAGCACAGAAAACCUGUUGCUUAAAGAGGACAACAAUUCCUCCUGUUCAUCUUCAUCCUCCUCCUCCUCCUCCAAAAAUUACAAAAAUGCUAACACCAACACCGUAACGCUUAGCUCCUCGCCCUGCGGCCACAGCGCCAGCAACGGCAGCGUGCUCUCCUCGGCGCAGCCGUCCUCAACGGGGAAGAACGAGAAGAAGCACAAGUUAACGGUGGGAAAAGGGACGUCAGGCAGUUCCCACAAAGAUCCCACAGACAACUGCAUCCCGAACAACGAGCUGAAGAAGCCAGAGGCGCUCGUUAGACUGGAGCAGGACAUUAAAAAGCUGAAGGCGGACUUGCAGGCCAGCCGGCAGGUUGAACAGGACCUCCGCAGCCAGAUUGGUUCACUGGGCAGCGCUGAGCGCUCCAUACGCACUGAACUGGGCCAGCUGCGCCAGGAAAACGAGCUGCUCCAAAACAAGCUUCAUAAUGCUGUGCAGGCAAAACAAAAGGACAAACAGACAGUCGGGCAGCUAGAGAAGAGGCUCAAAGUAGAACAAGAGGCCCGAGCGACUGCUGAGAAGCAGCUCACAGAAGAAAAGAAGAGAAAGAAACUAGAGGAGGCCACAGCGGCCAGAGCAGUAGCAUUAGCAGCAGCCUCCAGAGGGGAAUGCACAGACACGCUGCGGCGGCGAAUCACUGAGCUAGAAGCAGAGGGUAAAAAAUUAACAAUGGAUAUCAAGCUGAAAGAAGAGCAGAUACGAGAUCUGGAAAUAAAAGUUCAGGAACUUCAUAAAUAUAAAGAAAAUGAAAAAGACACAGAGGUGCUGAUGUCAGCGCUGUCAGCGAUGCAGGAUAAGACUCAGCACCUGGAAAACAGCCUGAGCGCAGAGACCAGGAUCAAACUGGACCUCUUCUCUGCUCUGGGAGACGCCAAGAGACAGCUGGAGAUUGCACAAGGUCAGAUCCUUCAGAAGGACCAAGAGAUCAAAGAUCUGAAGCAGAAGAUAGCAGAAGUUAUGGCCGUCAUGCCCAGCAUCUCUUACACACCCGACACCAGCAGCAUGACCCCCGUCACCCCCCACUACUCCUCAAAGUUCAUGGACACCAGUCCCUCCGGCCUGGACCCCAACGCUUCUGUUUACCAGCCCCUCAAAAAGUGAACGUUUUCUUUUAUUUUUAAUUUUUUUCUUCCAGCCCCUCCCUCUCCUCUCUCUAUACUUCUACUGCUCCUGCCAGCCCUGUCGUGUCGCAGCUGAGAGCUCGGUUUUCUUCUGUUCUCUCUCUUUUUGCCAGGUCAGAAGGAUGUUGUAAUGUGUGACUGUGUUUGUUGUAGUUAAAACAAAAGACCAAAAAAAAAAAAAACUGACAUCCCUGGAAAAUUAGAAAACCCUCGGUUUUUAUUUCAAUGUCUGGUGAAACCUCACAGAUUCAGGCGCAUAUUUUUCAUCUCAAGGAUGCCGCUCCCCUAUUGCUGCGAAUUCCUACCAGCUCCAGGGAGAAGCAGAUGAGUCUCUUCCACUCCAUUGUUCUCUGAUUCAUAUCUCCAUGUGUUUUUGGCACAUUUGUACAACCGGAGGAAUGUAUUUCUCGCGUUUAACCCAAAAGCCGGCACUGAGAUGAUGCUGCAAACAGAUUAGAUUAAACUGUAUGCAUGCCCUGGCCUUUAUGAGCUAGUUAUGAUUAUUUUUAUUUGGAAUAAUAUGGUUCCACCAUAUUUAUAAAAAAAAAACAAAACAACAAAUGUAAAACAUGAUCCAAGUGCUUUUUCUGUAAGAGAAAAGAAAUCUUUCUUUGUGUGCGGAUGGAUAUUUUUCUCUCCUUACUUAAAUUUCUCCAACAUCUCAAAAAAAGGGACUUUCUUCCAUAAAGAAAUAAGAUGGCUAAUCUUAAUCAGUUUGGAAACUGACUGCUAGUCAUGCCUACCUGUGAGGAGUGCUUGUUGAUCUGCAUGAUCCCGGUGCCUAGAGGGAACAACAAAACGCCGCCCUCCUCAGUUAGCCUGCCAAAUUCCUCCCGAGCCGGAAAAGUUAGUCAGGAGGCAGGAAUUCUAUUGAGACACACCUUUUAAAACAGGUGUUUACUUUAAAUGAACCACAUUUAAAAAUCAUCAGAUGUAUAAAUAAUCAGAGCAGCUGAACAUCUCCGCUUCAUUAAAGCCCAAAUCUUUCAACAAAGCAGCAAUAAGAAGGAAACAAAAUGAUCCGGCUUCAGAAACUGGAAUGCUUUACCUUUUGGAAGAAUGUACUGCAAAUAAUUUAUUCACAUAUUUGUCAACUUCCAGCUGAAAACAUCUGGGAAAACUGAACCAGGCAGAGGAUUUGGUCACCGGUUCAGUUUUUAAUUUAUAAAAAAAAAUUUGAAACCACCCCUUUUUCUUUUUUUCUUUUUUUUUUUAAAGUUGUAGCUGUUGGGUAUGAUUUGGUUUCCCCCAUCGACUUAAGUAACGCCUCAUGGUUUCAUCCACCUACUGUAUAUGGAGAAAUAUUAACUAUAACUUCUCAGAUUGGAGAAAAAAUGUUGUGAAAAGUAGAGUUUGGUCAGUUCUGUCAACAGAUUGGUAAAUCCAAGCCCAGGUUGUUUUGUUUUUUGUUUUCUAUGCCCACAGUCUGUUCAGUUUCCUCCCAGGUCUGACCUUGGCUGCGCCCUCGCUCUGUGAGGUUUACAGGAAAUAAAAAAUAAAAAAAAUAAAUUCUUGCAAACAUA